AUGGCAAACCUCGACCCUCAAACGCCCCGCUCCAGCAAGUACCUGCCCUGGAGCCAAGACGAUGUUCCCAUCAUCGACUCGAGAGAGAGCUUUUCAGACGUCGUCUUCAAAUUGUCCUCAUACAUUGCCAAAGCCAUCGAUGCCGCCUAUACUUACGAACAACUUCGCACCACGAGCGCUGGCCAAUCAUUGAAACCUCUCAUCACGUCUUUAAGCGGAGAUUGUCACCAUCCUGCCAUCGUUGCAGCAUUGCUGGCGGCGAGGUAUCUCUUCACCAAUGCCGAUGCGGACUCAGACAGCGGUUUGAACGAGUCCAGAGCCCUCGCCUGUGAGCUUGUGGCGUGGCAGUUUCUGACCUUCUUGUCGGAGAAGGAGCUGAUCGAUUACCUUCUCUAUGAACUACCCCAGGGGACAGACGACAACGCACGGUCAUCCCUCUCGGACUCUCCUCCUCACACCAAUGGUGUCAGGGGCAGCCAUCGCCAUGUCGACGAAGAUCACGCGGAUGAAACUUCACCCCUCAUACAUGCUCAAUCCGCCGAACACGGGGCGAUUUUGCGGCCUCCUAAACGCGCCUCCUUCGACCACAUCCCUGGGCCUGGUACAUCAAGCACGUUCCUCGGUGACGAGGGCGAUGCAUCACGGCGAGCCAACCUAGAUGAAUCCAUGGCGGGCAUGAACGCUUUGGAAAUCGCCGCCAUCGCCGACGCCAAGAAAUUCCUCUCACAAAAGCCUGUCCAAAAGAUCGUCGAGGACAUUUGGAACGGCGACGUGAUUUUUUGGGAGAGUCUUUCGGUGCACGCCGUCAAGAAGCCCCGAGUUUACAACAAGCGUGUGGCCGAUCCUUUUACCCGUCUGCGGGUGCCCAAGUACCAAAAGGCGUUUCAAAUUAGCUUCUUCCUCUCGUUUCUGGCGCUUUAUUAUGCUGUUCUGGUCGAGAGGGAUCCGAGCCAUAUUACAGCGACAGAGACAGUGUUAUACAUCUGGAUCGCCGCUUUCGCCUAUGAUGAGUUGGGCGAGAUCAAAGACGCCGGCCUCAUGUUUUAUCAGACGGACUUUUGGAGUUUGUGGGAUAUUGCGAUCAUCGGUGUUAGUGCGGCAUUUGUGAUUACACGAAUUGUUGGCCUCCUCAGAAAGAGCGACUAUAUCAUCGACGUGGCCUUUGACAUUUUGUCCAUGGUGGCUUUGUUCCUUGUGCCAAGGAUAUUUUCCGUUAUGAGCCUGAAUCCAUACUUUGGAAGCCUGAUUCCAGUGUUGAAGGAGAUGACAAAAGCAUUCUGCAAAUUCCUGCCUGUGAUCGUGGUGCUAUAUCUCGGAUUCUUGACUACUUUUACGAUGUUGGCCAGAGAUCGGAUGUCCCUCAACGAAAUGUCUUGGAUGUUGAUCAAGGUGUUCUUUGGAUCGAGUUAUCUUGGAUUCGACAUGGCUGUCAAGAUCUCGCCAUUAUUUGGAUAUAUUUUGAUGUUGAUUUUCGUUUGCUUGACCAACAUAUUGCUCAUCACAUCGUUGGUAUCAUUGGUAUCUAACUCCCUGACAGAGGUCAUGGCUCAUGCGAGAGAAGAGUACUUGUUCCAAUACUCCAUCUACGUACUUGAGAGCAGUACCUCCCGACGGCUGACCUACUUCAUGCCCCCGCUCAAUCUAUUCCCUCUGAUUGUGCUGCGUCCGCUUCGACUUGUCUUGCCCUCAGAGGAAGUUCGUCGAAUCAGGAUCUUCGUCCUAAAGGCCACCCACAUACCCUUUGUGGCACUGAUUUGGGCGUAUGAGAACUCUAGGACCAUGAUCUCUCGCACCCAUCCUACAUUCUCUCGAGCACCGCAUUUCACUAGUCGUCCGCUAAGUGCAGGCCGGCUCAGUCUUGAGGGGGCCCGAGAUUUUGUCAAGUCACCGACGACACGACGAGCGCUUAAUGAGACAUCUAUCACCGUGACGCCCGAUAUGGCCGCCGCGUCCACCACCAAGUCUGCCUUGGGCGCCGUCACAACUGACAAUAUGGAGUUGAUUGCUUUGGUUCAAAAGUUGAGUGAGCAAGUCGAUGGGCUAACGGCAAUGGUCGCUGGACAGCAGAGGGACUGA